AUGUCUUCUCGACAAUCUGUGAGGCACCCGAGUCACAACCAUCCAUUGCGCGGUCACAAAUGUGAAGCAAAAGACGAAAUCAUCUGCUCCGGUUGCGAUCUCGAUCUGAUUGGUGCAGCUUUCAAAUGCACAAAGUCAUCAUCAGAUUGUGAUUACUUCUUGCACAAGUCAUGUUUCGACCUUCCACGUGAAACCAACCACAAGUCUCACCAAACCCACAUUUUGACUUUACUCUAUUCCCCAAAGUCAACGUACACUUGUCAAGCGUGCGGUGAAUACGGGUCAAGUUUCACUUACAACUGUUCGAUCUGUCAGUACGAUGUACAUGUCGCAUGUGUUUCAAUGCCUGAAACCGCGAAGCGUGAAUCUCGCGCACAUCCACUCGCUCUUCUUUACGGUUCUCCUUAUAACCAAUCCGGUUUAGUUUUCAAAUGUGAUGUUUGUAAAGAAACUGUACCGGAUAAUCUCUGGUCGUAUUACUGCAAGGAAUGUGACUACGGUACACAUUUACACUCAUGCAAGGAAGAGGAAUCAGAGACAAAGAAAGAAGGAGGAGGAAGCAAAAGCUCGGCGAAUUCAGAGUUAGCUGCAAUGUUAGAGGCUCAAAGAGAGAUGGAGAAGAUGCAAAUCGAGAUUCAUUUGGCGAUGCAAAGUGCUUUGUUUGGGGAAAAAGCGAAUAAGGCGGCUCUCAAUGCUAUAUAA